AUGGAGGACGACGAUAUUCCACAGCUUGUCGAAAGCGCAACUCCAAAUACGGAUAUUGAUAUUAUAAGCACAAAUGACGUCGACAUGGAUCUCGCAUUCGGCGAAGAGACCCCCAAAGAGCAGAGAGUGCCCAUUACGAUUGUGACUGGAUACCUUGGAGCCGGAAAGACCACUCUUCUGAACUAUAUUCUCAAAGAGCAACAUUCUAAGAAAGUCGCUGUGAUACUAAACGAAUUCGGCGACUGUUCGUCCCCACCUCUAUCCUUUUUUGCGCUCGUUCUCCUUAUAUUGCAAAGUUUACUCGGAGGCUCAUUUUGGAUUCCCGAUACAGCUGCAGAUAUCGAAAAAUCGUUAACGGUUAGCCAGGAAGGACAACUGGUUGAGGAAUGGCUAGAGCUGAAUAACGGCUGCUUGUGCUGCACAGUAAAGGACAACGGUGUCAAUGCGAUUGAAACGUUAAUGGAAAAACGGGGCAAAUUUGAUUACAUAUUACUCGAAACAACCGGUCUGGCGGAUCCCGGAAACAUCGCACCUUUGUUCUGGUUAGAUGAUGGCCUCGGUGCGACCAUAUACCUGGACGGUAUUGUUACGCUAGUCGAUGCAAGCAAUAUAUUACGGACCCUGGACGACGUAACAGCGCGGGCAGACUUGGAUCCCCAUUUACCAGACCAAAUUACAACGGCCCAUUUACAAAUAUCGCAUGCGGAUGUCAUACUGAUAAACAAAUCUGAUCUAGUGAGUUCAGAACAACUAGAAGAUGUACAGAGGCGUAUCCGGGGUAUAAAUGGUUUAGCAAAGAUUAUUGUGACGGAGAAGAGCGCUGUGCCGCAAUUGGAGGGUAUUUUGCUCGAUAUCAAAGCUUACGAUAAUUUUGAGCUGGUCGAGGAUAGCAAGUUUUCGAAAAGUGGGGGAGUCAGCCGGCUAGAUCCUGGCGUUUCAACUAUAUCGUUCGAUGUUGAUGUCUUAAAAGCUGAGGCUAUUGAGAUAGUGGAUGCAUGGAUUCGAUCGUUAUUAUGGGACGAAAGAGUACCACUGGAUGGCAUCAAGUCUACUUUGUUUCACCCUGUUGAAAUACACCGAUUGAAAGGUCGACUGAAAACCGAGGACGGAAAAACGCAUAUUAUCCAGGGUGUCCGUGAGGUCUUCGAAAUAACAGACUCCAGCGAAAGAAACAUGGAAGGUUCAGGGAAGAUAGUCUUGAUUGGAAAAGGAUUGGGGAAAGUAGAUAUACGGGGAAGCUUCGAGCGGUUCAUGCAGAUAAGAUAA